AUGUGGAUAUCCUUCGACGUUGUUGCCUUGAAUUUCGCGAGUUGUUCCGUGACGUCACCGACAUUGACAUUCGAGAAAUGCCUAACCAUUGCGUCAGCGUGCAAUCUCGUGUUUCUGACGAAUUUCCUUAAAGAAAACACCAUUGCUAUCCUGCCUCCACACUGCUAUCAUCCAGGAAUCAAACAAUCCAACAACGCCUUGAAACGGUUAUCUUACACAGCCGAGAAGAAUGACUUGUACAUUCAACAUAAGCGGAAUGGUGGAGAGAAGACUGUUGGUCAAUAUUCCCUGGAUGGCUAUGAUGAGGAAACACAUACGGCGUAUGAAUUCCAUGGUUGUUUCUGGCACGGUAAGUUUUUUUAGAGGGACAGUUUUUUUACACAGGUACAGUACUUUAAAGGGACACUCCGCCCCCAGAACAAGUGUCGCUCAUAAGAAAGCUUUAUAUGAGUCUACCUUGGAAUGAAUAUUCGUUCGCCUCAAUUCUUUUUCGUUUGCGAGAAAUUUAACUUUGUUUCACUGAUUUUUCGUUCAUUAUCGCCGCCAUGUUUGUUGAAUCCGCGGGUGGUCCUAUGAAUGCCGUGACGUAAGUGUGUGAUAGAAACGCUCAGUCUUUGAUGUAAACACUAUAAAUUAACAGCUUCGUAGUUCAUUUCGGUGUGAUUUUGGGUAAAUAAAUUCUGUUAUUGAUCGUUUGCCCUCUUACUGAUCAUUUUAAAUUAUGGCGCGAUCGAGUACUAGCAGCUCUUCUGAAGUAGACGAAGAUAUAUCACCGAAUAAGGUAAAUUAUUCGAACCUACGAUUAAGAAAGCCUCCAGCUACAGCAUGCAGGCUCUGUCUUCCAUAUUACUGUCCCAAUAUGAUGUCGGAAGAAGUUAAGAUGAUGGUUGUACAUUGUUUUAGAACAUGAACUCGUAUAAAAUACACAAUUUAAUAUUAUAAAUAUAUGCAGCAAAUAAAAAUAUACACAACAUAAAUGUUACUGAAGUGUUUAUGCUUUAUUUGUGUCUAAUAACGUACAAAUGUUCAGAAAGUUAAUUCUGCCACAAUAUGAAAACUACAAAAUAUAAAUUACAUAAUGUACAAGUUUUUUAUACUACAAAUACAUGCAAGCAAACCUUUUUCUUUUGGAAUUCUGUGGUAGCUGAUUCCCACAGUUUUCCGUGAGUUGUUAGUACACUCAGGAACCAUGCAAUGAGGCAUCUUUGGUUAAAAAAUAUUUAAAAGGAAACUCUAAAGACUAAAGCUUGAUUAUAUAAUUUGUUUCGAAGCUAAUCUGAUUAUACAAUUUGUUUCUAUCACACACUUACGUCACGGCACUCAUAGGACCACCCGCGGAUUCAACAAACAUGGCGCGAUAAUGGACGAAAAGGUAGGCUCAUAUAAAGCUUUCUUAUGAGCGACACUUGUUCUGGGGGUGGAGUGUCCCUUUAACGAAAAUUUUUUACAGGAUUUUUGAAAUGUUAUGCAAGGGACACCGUCAACAAAGUCAGCGAAAAUACCAUGCAUGAUCUCCAUCAAGCCGCCAUGGAGAAGACCCAAUACCUUAAAGAUCGUGGCCUACAUGUUGUUGAAAUGUGGGAGUGCGACAUGAAGAAAGAAUUGCAACACGAUGAAGACAUGAAACAGUACUUCGAGGAUUACGAUGUGGUGGAUCCUUUGGAACCACGACAUGCUUUCUAUGGUGGUCGAACCAACGCAACAAAACUCUUCCACGAAUGCAAAGAGGAUGAGAAGAUAAGGCAUGUUGUUAGUGCACCCAAAUAA